AUUUAAUUGGAAGGGGGACGUGCGAUCUGGGCUGCCGCUCGAAAUUGGCGAGACAGUUCAGAUAUUGGAGGAGCAUGGAGGCUGGUAUCGCGGUUUCAGCACAAAGAACAGAUCAACCUGGGGCAUCUUCCCUGGGAGUGUAAUCUCCAUCCGACCGUGCACUGUCAAGGGCACUGGAGCCAAUGCUAUAGCCGAACUGAAGGAUGAUCCACUGGUUAGAGAGAUCGCAUGUGUGUUACGGGAAUGGGCGAGGUUGUGGAAGAAGUUGUAUGUGGAGCGGGAAACCUACCGUUUCAGCGCAGUGGCGAAGGUGAUGCGAGAACUGCUGAGCGGUAGACGAGCGUUGCUGGCAGGUACACUGACGCAGGAUCAAACUCGAGCCUUACGUCUGAAACUCGUCGCCAAACUCGAUUGGGGAAAUCGUAAACUGGGCCUAGAGUUGGUUCCUAGACGCGGUGCAGAGGCGGUCGACCCGGAGGAGAUAAGUCUUGUAGAGUUAUACCGAGUUCAUGUGGAGAGCGCCGAGCGAGCAGCCGCGUGGCGAGGUACACUUCGACGAGCAGGCGGUUCAGGCAGCAGUUUCAACUCAGGCACUCUUACAAAUGGCACUGCCAAUAUCACCACAGUCCAAUCACAUCAUCUCAUGUGCAGCAUGCGUGACUUCGGUCACACAGCUGGCGGAGACGAGGCAGAACUUCUUCUAUGGCUCCACGACGCGCGAAGAGGUCAACCUUUAUCAGAAAGAUUCCGAGUUCGGAUAGCUAGAGAUGGAUUUUCCAACUAUGUGGAUAGACUACAUGCGAAUAGCACUUUGUUUGCUGACCUCUCAGUAACAGAUCUCAGCCGCGAGCUCUGGCUGGUGGCAUGGGUGGUUCGAGUGGGUCGGUGGUCCGGCGCUGGUAGUAGUGGUACUGGUACUGGAGAACGAAAAGGGCCAGUCGCGAGAAGACCACUGGGCGCUGGAGUGUUACCUCUUACUGAGUUCUUGAGACAACCACCGCAAAGUUCGGUGGAAAAGGAAUAUACGUUCAAGGUAUAUCAGUGUGAAGAGAAAGAUUUUCAUCAGUUACACGAUAUCCUAAUUAGAAAACAAACCAAUAAAUGUAAUAUUUUACCUGGACAACCAAAUUAUGGCAUCGUAGUAGCACUUCGUCUUUUAUCCAAUCAGGGUAGCAUAUCAGAAGCAGUGGGUUCUGGAGCCACAGUUACCGCCAAACGAGGGUUCCCAGACGUCAUCAUGCCAGGUGACGUCAGGAACGACCUUUAUCUCACGUUGGAGAAGGCCGAAUUUGAACGUGGAGGAAAGACCACUGCGAAGAAUGUACUCGCGACUGUCAGUGUCCAUGACUGCAAAGGAAUGAUUAUUCAAGACUGUGUUUGGGGUGCAAGUGGCAACGGAUCUACCUCAUAUGAAUCCUUAGUGCUAUACCACAACAACAGCCCUUCGUGGGGCGAGCAGCUGCGGCUCACUGUUCCUCUUGAGAAAUUUACUAAAGCACACGUUCGCAUCGAAUUUAGACAUUGUUCCACGAGAGACAAAAACGAAAGGAAGCUUUUUGGAUUCUCUUAUGCAAGAUUGAUGGAACCUAGUGGUGCAACUCUUAGAGACGGCGCACACGAAUUUUUUGUGUACAAAUGUGAUGAUCCUUCCAAGCUGGCGUCAGCGAGCUAUCUAAAUCUACCGUCGUGUGCCAAUGAUACUUCCCGGCUUGGUUCGACCAAUGGCAUUGUCCCUUCGUUCCAGAGGAGCUCCAAAGAGAACUGUGUAAUUAACACUCUCCUGUGUUCUACUAAGCUCACUCAAAAUGAGGAUCUCUUAGCUUUGCUUCAAUGGCGGGCUCGACCUGAAAAAGUGCAGGAAACUUUGCUGCGAGUUUUGCGGCUCGGCGAUGGACUGAGUUGUGAAGAGCUAAUCAAAUUCUUAAGAGAUGUGUUAGAUGCUCUAUUUGCUCUGUUCUCCACUGAAGACGGUAAUAGUACUCCAUACUCUGGCACGGUGUUUCUGGUACUAGUGUCGAUCUGUAGUCUUCUGGAAGAGACUCGUUUCCAGCACUUCCGACCGGUUCUUGACGUUUACAUCGAGGAACAUUUCUCAGCUGCGCUGGUUUACAAGGGUCUCCUGUCGUCGGUGCAGCACUGUGCCGAGUGGGCAGCCGGAGCUGAAGGGCAAGAGCCCAUUCGUAAAUGCCUCCGCUCACUUGGUGCCGUAUUCCGCCUCGCGGUUCGCUCGCGGCAAUUGUUCGCUCGCGCCACAGGUGGACAGUACGAAGAUAGCUUCAGGAGAGAUGUGCGAACGGCAUUGAAUGCCUUAAAAGUUUUGGCUCAACAUCCACAUAGAGAACAUUUGGCACCUGCUCAGGUAGCAUUAAUGGAGUCGUGGCCGAGCGUAGCAAAAGAGGUAGCUACAGCAUUAGGGCCAGUGGAGGCCGCGAGAGUCACUGCUGCCAUGCUGGACGCGCCAGCCGCCAACGCACCUCCUGCAUUGGCAAAAGCGCGAUUGGCUGCAGCCCAGGAGAUACUGAAGGGACCUUUGGGAUAUGACCCUGAAGCACGCAACAUAGUGCUGACAACUGCUUGUCAUCACCUAGCGCGUCGCGAGGAGCUCACACAAUGCGCAGAAAUGCUCGGUGAACUUGUCAUUCUAUUGUGGAAAAAAGAAGAUCCACAAGAACCGAGUGAUCCGGAUCAAAUAGACCCGGAUGUAGAUGUAUUGUGUUUAAAUACAUUAGAUGUGUUGGUUGAGACUGUCUUGCAUCUUAUUGGAGGCAAUUCACCGGUAUUGGGUUCGAUGGUAGCGUGUCUUCUCGGCGCCAUGGAGCUACUUAAACCGGAGCACUAUCAGCGCCUGUGGAGUCACCUUGCACCCCACCCGCACGAUCGCAAGCCGCUCAAAGACUUUUUGAUGCGCGCUUUCCUUGUAUUCCGACAUCUUAUUGAACAGGAUGUAUUCCCUUCAGACUGGAUGGUAUUGCGCGUACAGAGUUGCAAAGUGCUGUUAUCUGCACUACAAGAUUUGGCGAAACCAUUACUUGAGAGGUUUAUGGGUGAGGAGCCACCUCAGUUCGAUUCUCAAUUAUGGUCCGGCUACAUAGAACUAGGCGUCGCCCUAGUGACGUCAAGUGCAUUGCAGCCUGAGCGCUGGUCGGGACGUGGCCCGGACAGACCGCGCAUGCGCGUCAACGCUGGCUUGCAAGUUCUAGCAGUAUGGAGUAGACUCGGUCCAGCACAACUCCACCUAGUACCUGGCGCAGUAGGAGCACUCCUAGAAAUAACUCUAGUCGGAGAGCUAAGACGCGUGGCCCUCGGCGCUCUUGUCUCUCUAAUGGCUUGUGAAAGAGCCGCCACGGGUUCCGCAAGAAGAACCGAAGCCGCGUUGGUUGAUAAGCUGGACUCGCUCGUGGCAGAUAAUAAGGCUGAUGACCAUUAUAGACGGCUCUUUGACACUGUGCUAAUGGAGCGAGUUUCGACGGAAGGGUGGCGCGAGGCGGGGGCGGCGUUCGUCGGUUGCGUGACGCGUUUGCUCGAGCGGCUGCUCGACUACCGUGCCGUCAUGCAAGGCGCCGAGCAUAGAGACAAACGGAUGGCGGCCACUGUCAAUCUCUUGAACUUUUAUAAAAACGAGAUCGACCGCAAAGAGAUGUAUCUUCGCUACGUUUACAAACUUCAUGACUUGCACAUAGCUUCGGAUAACUUCAUUGAAGCGGGAUGCACGCUUUUGCUGUACGCAGAAACAUUAAGUUGGGACAGCGAUCAAAUAGGCGUAGAUCCAGAACACCCUGAAACACCAGAGUGGAAACGGAAAGAGGCUAUUUACAAUCAAGUGUUGCAGUACUUUGAUCGCGGGAAGUGUUGGGAAAAAGGUCUUCCCCUGCUUCGUGAAUUAGCAACAAUAUACGAAGUAAAGUUGUGCGAUUACGCGCGUUUGGCUCACUGUCUUCGUACACAUGCGACAUUCCUAGAUUCCAUAUUGGAACAGCUGUGGCCGGAGCCUGAGUACUUUAGAGUCGGAUUCUAUGGGAAAGGAUGCCCCUUGUUCGUCAGGAACAAGCAAUUUGUGUAUCGCGGACACGACUACGAACGCAUAGGCGCGUUCACGCAACGACUUCAAUCGGAAUAUUGCUCGGCGCAUAUACUUAUGAGGAACACCCCUCCUGAUGACACCAUCAUUGCCUCUGAUGGACAAUAUAUCCAAAUCUGUAACGUAAAACCUGUGCCAUCCCGACGAGUCUGGCCGCCUGGUACACCGGAGCAAGUGAAGCGAUUCUACGCAUGCAACGAAGUCAACACGUUCCUAUGCGAUCGGCCAUUACAUAAACCACCUAUUGACAAGGACAACGAGUUCAAAAGUCUCUGGAUUGAACGUACUACGUUGGUGACAGAGAACACAUUGCCUGGAAUAUUGCGGUGGUCUGAAGUCGUCUCUAGAUCUGUUGAAGAAAUACCUCCAGUUGAAUUUGCCUGCGAAACAAUGGAAGCAACGGAGCGUGAGCUACGCAGCCUCAUUUCUCAAUACACCGCCGACCCAACACGAAAUAUCAACCCGUUCUCCAUGAGGCUACAAGGCACCAUCGACGCUAAUGUACAAGGUAUUUUUGUGAACAUUUUAUACAUUUAUAUUUACUACAUAGAGGCAGUGGACUUUGUUUCUUCCCGUUCUGAGGAAUAUACCCACCAAACAAUACAGGUAAUUACACCGUUGCCGCCUGUUCCGAUGAUGGAUAAGCGAUCACACAGCAUACAACAAAACGACAGCUACUACGAGGAUGGACAUCUUUAUAAUAAACCGAUUUAUUCUAUCGAAGACGCAGUAGACCAGCAAAGUAUAAUGACGACAAGUCUCCCGAUCAACGAUAGCCGUGAAUGUAACGAUGACAUGAUCAAGUCUGCACCGCCUCUGCCCUUACGACCGAAGUCAGGCGACCCAAGGAGUCCUACUAGACCACCUAUGGAUAAGUACAGAGACGCAAUCGAUGGAGAAGUAAUUGAGACGCGAAGACACAGCCGGCUAUCGUGGAGCGAACCUGGAGAUGCGCCACCGCUUCCGCCCAGAGUCACAGGAGAUAAACGCGGGACGUGGAACGAGCCCCCGCCAGUCAUACCUCGCCGCGCAGCGCGUAAUGUGGACACACCCGAGGACCGCCGCGGCAACGACACACGCGACUCCGGCGUCAGCGAGGACCACAGCUACACCAAUGCCGACGAACAUCGUCAUCAGCAUAACGAUUUCGACCUGUCGGUAGACUCGCUCCGCUACGAAGAAAUAAUCUCUAUAAUGUCAGAACCACUGCGGGUAGACGAACACGAAAUGCCUCCGCCCAUCCCGCCGAAGGGCCUAGGCCAUAUCAACAGUUUCGACUCCGAACAUCACGAGAACGGAGAUUCGCAUUGCUAAAUUGUAUAAUUGAUCUUGAUUGAUACCUCAAGAACCGACUCAGUUAAACGGUAGGUCAUAGUAAUGUUCUGUUUAUCCCAAUGAUAACUGAGUGUGAAGUGUAUGUACUUGUGAGAUGUCGUUCGGCACACCGAUAUGUCAUACAUACAAAUAGUCCUGCCCAGUUGGUGGUAGUUGUUAUGCAAAGGUACAUAUGAACAUCAAUUACGAUAUUGGCAAUGCAUGGCACAAUAUGCUAUUGAAUAAUUAUUAUUUACGGACGUUACAUCAAAAGGCGUUACAUAGGGCCUGAAAAAACUACAGUAACAAUUCAUUCGAACAACAUUUCGCUAUUUUAAACGCCUGUCAAAACAUUUUGACAAAGAACGCAAGAUCUGUUGUAUUCCAUUUUAUAAGGCAAUUGAGUGUAGCUUUUAGAACUUGUAACUGCGUUAUGUUGUAAAUUUUAACUUUUAGCCAAUAUAUGGCUAAAGGUUUACAUAACCCAUUUUAUUUUAAUAAGGACUACCAUGUGGUCAUGGAAUACAGCUUUUAAUUAUUAACAAAAGCCUGUCACAGGUAAGCAUUUUAUGGCCGCUAUUGGUGGUAUAUAAAUACUAUUAAUCGUAUAUUUUUCGGCAGGUCCUACGAUCACGUUAUCCAUAAAAUGUACGUUAGUUAGGAAAUUGGAUAACUGCCGGCAAUUUAAUCAAAGUUGGAUAG